GCUGAACAACGAAUUCUAUCACUCUUAUCUAAGGAAAAAAGCUAACGAAUCUAAAAAGAAAACAGCUCGAAUCUCAACAUUUUUCUUCUUCUGCACAAAAGACCCUUUGGCUGCUUCUUCUUCAAUUUUUCUCCGGCAUAUUUCAUUGCCGCAGCCACCAUUGAAGACCCACGCUGCAAAGAGAAACGAAGGGGAAAAGAAGUUUAUAUACACAUGUUCAUUGAAAAUUUGCGGCGUGGGUCGUGGGUUUCAGUGGAGGAGGGCGGCUGCUUCGAUUUUCGGAGGACGAUUAGGUUUCGGUUCCGAUUGUCAGAGAUGAUACAGGCAAACUGCCCGGAGUGAGAGACGGGCAGAUGGGGGACCUUUCCGGCGAAAAGCCGCUGCGAAAUAUAUCGGAGUCCUUCAAAGCCCUUGCGGCCACUGUUAAUGCUGAAACCACCACGGUCGAAGUUGCGCCGUUUUCGCGUGCCUGCUCCUUCAUUUCACCUCUUUUUGGUUGCUUGGGCAUAGCAUUCAAAUUUGCGGAAAUGGACUAUGUCGCUAAGGUCAAUGAUCUGGUAGAAUCAUCUAAGUCAAUUGUAUCUCUACAAGCGUUGCUGGACAAAGAUAUCGAAUCUGACCGUGUGAGGAAAGCUGGUAGCCACUCAAGAAAUCUCUUGAGAGUAAAGCGUGGGCUUGACAUGGUCAGAGUACUCUUCGAGCAAAUUCUAGUUACAGAAGGUAAUUCCUUGAGAGAUCCAGCUUCCAAAGCAUAUGCACAGGUAUUUGCUCCCCACCAUGGGUGGGCGAUCAGAAAGGCUGUUGCAGCAGGGAUGUAUGCUCUUCCUACUAAGGCUCAAUUACUGAGCAAGCUCAAUGAAGAUGAGGCCUCAGCCAGAAUCCUGAUGCAAGAUUAUGUGGCCGCUUCUGCUCCUGUGAUUCAGUAUGUUGAAAAACUCUUCUUCUCCAGAGAUUUGGGCAUAGAUUGGUAAUAUAUGAACUACAGAUCAUAAUCUAAAUAUUUUGAGCACUGUAUAUGUAAUCUAUUAAUGUUUCUUGUACCCCCCAAAAGAAAAAUAAAUAAAAUAAAAGUGCAAUCAACUAGAUAUCCUUCCCUUUGGCUUUUAUUGAACUAAUAAAAUUUCCAUGAUUUAUUUGUAUCUUGGAGCGUUGGUAAGAAAACUGUAGAUGUAAUUUUACCCUUGAAAGCUCCAAAUAUAUAUGAUACAAAUAUGAUAUUGGAUUUUGAUGUAACACUACCUGAACAUUUCAUCAGUAUAUUCCAUUGUUAAAUAUACUCAAGCUGAUUUAGGGCA